CUGGCUGCGUCUUGGAGAAUUUCAGCACCUUGGACAGAGACGAAGGCUUUCGUGUCCCCGUUGCGCUUCUGCUCUCCUCCAGACCACAGAUGAGCAGCCAUGCAGAAAUCCAUCACGACAGCAGAUCCUUAGCCCAUUUUGCUCAGAAUUGCCUCAUUUACAAGCAGUUUAUGCAGCUCGACUGACGUCAAUGGAGCGGUGUGUGAUGUAUAUAACCAUUGAGCUCCAGGAGCUCCACUCCAGUCUGUCUGCAAACACUCUUCCUUACAAGUACUUUUGAAGCAACAGAAGACGACCGAGAAGCGCGCAGCUGUGUCCAGCAUGAAGCCCGUCCCUUUGGUCCUGCUCAUAACUUCAGUCUUACUGACCACCCACAUCCCGCUGAGCACCUGUCGACCCCGCGACCUGAGCCUCGUGAACAGCCAGCUAGACGACGUGCUGUCAAACGGGGCAGGAGACGACGCUAUGUCCUACCUCGUGGGUGAAAAACUCCUUCAGUAUUUGCAAAGAAACCUCGGAGCGCAGAAGGCAAGCGGUGUCCUGCAUCUCCCGCACUUCCCCGCGGCGCAGCUCCGCUCUCCUCACGAGGACAGCAGCUUAGAAGAGCUCACGGAGUUUUCCAAACGGAACGACGAUCCUCCGAUCUCCAUCGACCUCACCUUCCACCUGCUGAGAAACAUGAUCGAAAUGGCGCGAAACGAGAAUCAAAGGGAACAGGCGGGACUGAACCGCAAAUAUCUAGAUGAGGUUGGGAAGUAGCUGUAGCUCCACGAUGAUGCUUUCAAUCGGCGAGUAAAGAACAAGCUCAAUGCACUCUUUCACACCCCCAAACUCUCGCUUAAGCAUAUGACAUUCACCGAUGCCUCCUGCUGACCCACACUCUUAGAAAUAAAGGUUCUUCAGUGGUUCCUUGCCACUGCAAUGAACCUCCUUCUCGUUCUUGAGUUGGCUGAGGUUCCUUGGAGAUUAAAAAAGGUUCUUCAGAUCAGUCUGUUGGUUUUUGCAUUCCUACACAAAAAAAAAACCAACAACAAAAAAAAAGUUUUUCUAAAAGGUUCACUUGUGGCAUCAGGGUUAUGUUGAACCUUUAUUUUUAAGAGUGGCAUCUAUCUGUUCACCAGCAGAGUUUCUGGUGACCUGCUGCUGUCUCCUUCACCUCUGGACCAUUUUAGAACCAGGAACCACAUGCAAGAGUCACACAACAGACCUACCAGGACCUCAAAAUGCUGCCCACGGCAAAUGAUCAGUCAGGGUGGUUCACAUGUAACCAGAUCUACAAUUGACUUGUGCCCUUUGGGUGUUUACCGUAAUUGGCCUCUUAUUUAGAAAUAAAGGUUCUUUAUUGGCUUCUGUGGUUCCAUGAAGAACGUUUAACAUCCAUGGAACCUUUAUAGUGGUUCUUUAGAUGAUUAAAAUUCUCUUCACACUUAGAACGAAAAGGUUCUUUUUAGAACUGUUCACUGAAAGGUUCU